AUGGAGAGAUGCCAUUUGGCUACUGCUGACGGCCAUGCGCAAGCUCCCGCGUGUGGCAGAGAGGACGGUGCAGCGGGCCGUGAAGAUCGACAAAAGUCUCUUGGGAAACUCGGCUGCUCAAAGCAACGCUUUUUGGCGCUGAAGGGCCCUCGGACCAAGUGGCUGUUGCACUUGCGUCCCAAUUUCCAUGCGGUGAGCAUCAAGGAGUUCUCGCUCUUCCCCGGCGAGUAUGAGAUCCUGCUGCCACCAAAUAUGGAGUUUAAGGUGAAGUCCAUUCUCGAUUGUGGCCAUGGGCUCACGGAAGUCCAAUGUGAGCAACUGGAAGAGGAUGACCCGCUGAUGGAUUUCUACGAGGUGCCUGGAAGACGCCGCGCGCGAGUUUUGCUCGCGGCACGAGAGAAGACAGGGUGGAUGAUCCUGUUUUUUUGGGGCGGCAUUCAAGAAGCAUUGAGCUACAGAGUGGAUUGGCAGUUGAGGGAGUUGCUUUGGUGGGUCCUGGAAAUUCCGUUGACAAGCCUUCAGUGA